CGGAGGGCGGCCGGGGGCAGAGGGGCGGCCCCACCGCGGAAGGCCCCGCCGCUGGCCCUUAGACCCGGGCGCCGCGCCGCGCCGAGCACAGCCGCGCCGCGCCGAACCAUGGCGGCGCCGGGGCAGAACCUGGCCGUGGUGGUGCACCGAGCCGGGGACCUGCGCCUGGAAAACCGUCCGAUCCCAGAACCAGGUCCCAAUGAGGUCCUCCUGCGGAUGCAUUCUGUUGGGAUCUGUGGGUCUGAUGUUCACUACUGGCAGCACGGUCGAAUCGGGAAUUUUGUUGUGAAGGACCCCAUGGUCUUGGGGCACGAAGCUUCCGGGACUGUCGUCAAAGUGGGAUCAGGAGUGACUCAUCUGAAACCAGGUGAUCGAGUGGCCAUCGAGCCCGGUGUCCCAAGAGAAAUGGAUGAGUUCUGCAAAACCGGCCACUAUAACCUGUCUCCAACCAUCUUCUUCUGUGCGACGCCGCCUGACGACGGGAACUUGUGCCGCUACUACAAGCACAGUGCCAGCUACUGCUACAAGCUUCCAGAUAAUGUCACCUUUGAAGAAGGAGCCCUUAUCGAGCCUCUUUCGGUGGGAAUCCACGCCUGCAAAAGGGCCGGAGUCACUCUGGGAAGCAAGGUCUUUGUGUCUGGCUCUGGACCAAUUGGCCUUGUUAACGUGCUUGUUGCUAAGAUGAUGGGUGCAGCAGCUGUGGUAAUUACAGAUUUAUCUGCCUCUCGCCUGCAAAAAGCCAAGGAGGUGGGGGCAGAUUUCACCAUCCAGAUAAAGAACGAGACCCCACAGGAGGUGGCCUCCAAAGUGGAAAGUCUGCUUGGCUGCAUGCCCGAGAUAACUGUAGAGUGUACAGGAGUGGAAGCUUGCAUCCAGGCUGGCAUUUAUGCCACUCGUUCUGGUGGGACCUUGGUGCUGGUAGGGCUGGGGCCUGACAUGGUCACCGUGCCCAUCGUGAACGCCGCUGUGCGGGAGGUGGAUAUCCGGGGGAUAUUCCGCUACUGCAACACGUGGCCCGUGGCAAUUGCUCUCCUCGCAUCCAAGCGGAUCAACGUCAAGCCCUUGGUUACGCACCGCUUCCCCCUGGAAAAGGCUCUUGAGGCAUUCGAGACCACUAAGAGGGGCGAGGGGGUAAAAGUCAUGCUGAAGUGUGACCCCACAGACCACAACCCCUGAGAUGCUGCGGUGCCCGGCCCUCUCCCCCAUUACGCUGCCUGCCUGAGACGCGAAGCAUGAGGCCGCAGGAGGCUGAUAUAUGGCUGUUGCGUGUUUACACAGUCACCUUAUGCAGGCGCUGCUUUGUAAUAGACCUAGAAAAUCAAAUGAUAAUGAGGGUGAACGGCACUGAGGGAUACACCGUUAGAGCAUUAACAGGUAACUACAAAUGGAGAACGAAUAGUUUGAAUCAAAACGCUGCUGUUUGGGUAGAGGCGAUGGUUCACAUGGCUAGCUCUCCUCCAGCAGAUACCACGCACUUAAGAUCCUGGGUGUCUGCGUGUGUCGGGCAGAGCCGCCUGCGUGGCCGCAGGGUUUGUCCACGUGGACACGUGUGGGUGAAGCGAGGAUGGAGACGCUGGCGCUCCACCUUCCCGCCCCAGCACUGCCCUGUGGCUGUUCUUGCCGCAGCUCUUCCCGCGUGGCAAUCCCUGGGCGCGGGAUAGCCCUACGUGAAUACUCUGCCUUCCAGUCGCACCUUCCCUCGGGGACGCUCGGGGACUCUAACAGCCUGUGGAACAAAGCCUGGCCACCCCGUCUCUGCAGGAAGCAUCUGCACAUUCAGGUCAUUCUCUCCAUGCUCUUUGCAAAUAGGAGACUGUGGGCCCGAAGCCCAGAGACCAGGGGGUUUUUUUUGAGAAGAUAGUCUAAAAGCCAGCUGGGACCAUCUCUGCUGUGUAAUCCCCACCAGCAGCUCCCCGUGGGGCAGAAGCAGCUCUGCAGAGCAGGCUGCGAUGUCUGCAGGUAAACUGCCCUGCCUCUGGCUGGGACUGCCAGGAGCCCCAGGAGGGGCUGCUGCUGUGGGGCACAGCUCGCUUUUAGCAUGGAGGGGAGCUCAGGUGAGAAGUAAGGGGACAGCAUCACUCAGAGGUCUUACCACUGCGAAUGAAUUUGGGGAUAUCGGGCCUUCCUGCUGAGUUUGUGAGCCGUGAACGAGGUACUAGCAAGGUAGCAGGUUGCAGAUAACAAAAUCUAAUCUUUGAUUACAGUCAAGUUAAUUUUAGUACUGGGAGAUCAAUCCCUUUCUUGGGCCGGUACUGAACUUUCCUCAAUAAAUGCUACCUACCUGG